GCCUGCCCGCACCCAACCAACCCAACCGCGCUUGUGUUGUGUACACUCCACUAGUCGUCCCAGCUAGCGUCCCCUCCACAUCCAGCUCCACCCAAGCCAGCCAAGAAGCUAGCAGAGCAGCGUCCAUGGCGGCGCGGCGGGCCCUGGCCGCGGCCGUGGCGGUGGCGCUGCUGGCGGCGUCGGCGUCGGCGGACUCGUGGCUGUACGAGAAGUUCACCACGGACGGGCACGUGCGCGCCGACUACAACGCGCAGGGGCAGCAGGUGACGUCGCUGAUCCUCGACCGCCAGUCCGGCGGCGCCUUCUACUCCCGCCAGAAGUACCUCUACGGCGUCUUCAGCAUCCAGAUGAAGCUCAUCCGCGGCAACUCCGCCGGCACCGUCACCUCCUUCUACCUGACCUCCGGCGACGGCCCCGGGCACGACGAGAUCGACAUGGAGUUCAUGGGCAACAGCAGCGGCGAGCCGGUGGUGCUCAACACCAACGUGUGGGCCGCCGGCGACGGCAAGAAGGAGCAGCAGUUCUACCUGUGGUUCGACCCGGCCGCCGACUUCCACACCUACACCAUCAUCUGGAACGACAGGAACGUCAUCUUCAAGGUGGACGACCUCUUCAUCCGCAGCUUCCGGCGGCACGCCGACCUGCCGUACCCCGGCGUGAAGCCCAUGUCGGUGCACGCCACGCUGUGGGACGGCAGCUUCUGGGCCACGCAGCAGGGGAAGGUGAAGGUGGACUGGGCCGGCGCGCCCUUCGUCGUCUCCUACCGGGGCUACUCCGCCGACGCCUGCACGCCCGACGGCGACGGGAGGCCGCUCAGCUGCCCCGCCGGCACCGACCGCUGGAUGACCCGCCAGCUCGACGCCGCCGAGUGGGGCACCGUCGCCUGGGCCAGGAAGAACUACAUGCACUACAACUACUGCGAGGACGGCUGGAGGUUCCCGCAGGGGUUCCCCGCCGAGUGCUCCCGCAACUGAAUACUCAUUGCUUCUUCUUCUUGAUCCAUCAUCGAUUGGGUUGAUUGAUCUGGGAUGAUGCUGAUUCCAAAUUGGCAAAUUUCUUUCAAUCCUUGGCGUGUGUUCAUUUGUUCGUCGCCGGCCUUCCUUCCUCGGGUCGAUGGACGGGACAGGACGAUUGCUGCAUCUCUAUAUCUGCGAUGUUCUUGGCUCGCUACGUACAUUUUGCCACCCCACCCAUACUGUUCUUUUCUACUGUUCACUCGUUUUCUUUCGCCUUUCUGUUUUUACUGUGGGUUAGUUAUUGUUACUGAGACACAGAGGGAUUACAGUACAGUUAUACAGACAAUAAGGCCA